UUUUCAAUUCAAGCUAAAGUAUAAAUGUCUUGUGAAACAGACAAUAUAAUUCAGUCUAGAGAAUAUUCUACUUUAAGGAGACUUGCAGUUGGGAGGAAUUGUGUCAGUAAUAGCCCAUACAAAAUUUGACAUCUUUUUUGGGGGAUUUGGAGAGAAAAUAGAAAAACAUGAGACUCCUGAGGGCAAUAGGAUUUUUUCAUGGAAACACAUUCUUAUUUAGUAGCAUAAUUGGGGCAGGAAUCUUUGUGUCCCCUAAAGGGGUAUUACAGUACUCCUCACUGAACAUUCCUAUUUCCUUGAGUAUUUGGGUAAUUUGUGCCCUACUAUCUAUUAUUCAUGCUCUAUGUAUUGCAGAGAUGGGGACCACCUUCCCUGUCAGUGCAGCACCUUAUUAUUUCAUAAAAAGAUCUCUUGGAGCUCCUAUUGCCUUCCUCAAAAUUUGGCUUACAAUAAUUGCCUAUCCCUUUGGAUUAGGUACUCAGAUUUUACUAAUAGCAAAUUUUCUAAUUCAACCUUUCUAUGCUGGGUGCCCAGCUCCAGAGCUAGCAAAGAAAUGUCUCGCUUUGGCUAUUUUGUGGUCACUUGGAAUUCUCAAUGCUCGAGGUCUGACUACAGUGGCUUGGUUUAAUGCUAUCAGCAGUUUUAUAAAGAUGAGUGUUCUUUGUUUCAUUUCUCUAACUGGAGUUGUGCUGUUAGUGAUUGGGAAAAAGGAGGCUGUUUCCAGGUUUGAAAAUUCUUUAGAUGCCGAAGUUCCAGAUGCCUCACAGAUCGCAGAAGCCAUUCUCCAAGGGUCUUAUGCAUACGUUGGAUCAGCACUUCUGCUCAAUGUAGCAGGAGAAGUAAAAGAUCCUGCGAAAACAAUUCCAAAAUCUUUUAUUUCUGGCAUAUCUACUGUGACUGUGUUAUACAUGUUGACUAAUGUAUCCUACCUGACAGUUUUGUCACCUCAGGAAAUCAUCUCUUCAGAUUCUGCUGCUGCCACAUGGAUGGACAGAGUAUUUCCUUCCACACAAUGGAUCAUUUCUUUGGCAACUUCAUUUUCAGUGUUGAGUAACACUGUCUGUGCAAUAUUUUCAGCAGCAAGGAUUUUCUACUCUGCAAGCCAAGGAGGAGAGCUGCCUUUCAUUUUCUCUAUGCUUAACAACUACCACUGCCCAGUUGUAGGUGUCACAAAAAUCGUCAUUUUAUCUUCUGUUGCAGUAAUGCUUUUAAAGUUAAUCAAUUUAAUAAAAUAUUUGAUGCUAUCAUCCUUAGUUUUAAGUGAAGUAUCUAUCAUAGCUUUACUUAAACUGAGGUACCAGGAGCCACAUCUACACAGACCUUACAAGGUGUGGUUGCCAUUUCUGUUUGGGUCAAUGUCUUUUAAUUUGUUUAUAUUUGUUGCAACAAUGAUGAAUACUCCCACAGUAGAACUUAUCUACCAGGCCAUCUUUCUUUUAAGUGGAUUUCUGUAUUACUGGCUUCAUAGUCACCUUAAUCAAUAUUCUGGGUUUUCUGAUAACCUCACUUGUUAUUUGCAAUUGAUAUUUAAUGUUUCUCCACCUGAAGAUAAUGAUGAAAUUUUUAUGCAGUAGGGAGAAAGUACUCUAAAAAGAGAAUUCUGAAAAUACUAAAGCAGUAUGAAAAUAUUGUGAGUUAAUACAUUUUAUGUAAACUUUUAUUGCAUAAAGAUCCAUGUCCUACCUCCCAAAAAUGGUGUGACACAAAGUUACCCUCUGAGCUAUGUAAAUUUUUUGUGAAUAUCAAAAAUUCUAAACACAAAAUUAAAGGAGAUGAAAAUGUUAA